AUGAAGAAGAGAUCACGGGGAUCUGUGGGCACGGCCAAUUUGUUCGCCUUGGGAAGGGCGACGGAUGCGGGCGCACGGGUAGUGCUCGAGGGGCGAAAGGCGCAAAUAGAGUCGGACGGCGUGGUCCGAAUGGAGGCAGUCAAGCGUGGUGGACUGUGGGAGAUUGAGACCGUGGGGAAGCAGCCAGCAUUUCUUGCGAGGGAACCGGUCAGGAAGAACCGGGUGACCGCCACGGCAAAGAGACCGGUAAGAGCGGAAGACGUGGUGAAAAAGACGGUGAAGGUCAUGGAAGUCGACCUAGAAGACUUGGACGACGAGAUAAUAACCGGGGCAUCGGUUAUCCUGCGUGGUCGGGGGAUGAGGCCGCGUCCCCGCUGGUGGUCGGGCGAUUGGGGCAGGGGCCGGGGACGUGCUUCCGGCAAGGCUUGUGUGCUCGCGCGAACUGGCAGCCGGUUCCCUUGGCGGAGGCGCCUGUGUUCCACCAGAUGA